AAAACUUGGGAUACAAAUAGUUUAUCCUCUCAUAACAAUGCUCCCAAAUCAUUUGGGUAUAUGGUCUUUCACAUCUUUAGGCAGGCAGCGCGACCAUGUUGUAAUCAUGUAUCCUCUCCAAUGGCAAGGGCAAGGCUACCAGAAUUAUUUAGAGCUUCUCCCGAUAGAAAGUGCAACAAGCAAUCUCCUCCGUUCAUCGAGGUAAUCUGCCACCGCACCGACAAGCCAUGGAGAUUCGCAGCCGGGACGAAGGCCAAAUUUUCCGUCAUGAUGAUAAACAGCAAGCUUGAUUCCAGACUUCCUUUGCCUCCUGCAACGCAUAUAGAAGCGGUCAAAGACGGAGAAGAGCCCGUCACCUUUGGCCCUAAUUCAGUCCUCGUCAAUUACGACGAUGGUUGGACUCUGCGGACCGCUUCUGAUCCCACUUGUUUUGGAUGGGCUAAGAAGAACAAGUUGGUACUGACGGGACAAGCAUAUAAUCUUGCAACCAUGGGAUCGGAUAAUCACCAAGUUAAGAAGACACCACAAGCUGCAUCGUGGCCCUUAUACACAGGAAAGAUAUUGCUCGCUUUCAUAUUUAUUUUUUCAUUAGGUGGGAUUUUCGCAUGCAUUCUGCAAAGCCUUCCGAAGCUAGUUUAGUUUUGUAAGAUGAAGGAAGUAAUGAAACUAAUUAAGUGAAGAUAGAUAGUUGUUAUUCUUUCCCUCAUGCAUGCGUUGAUUUAUUUCAGUCACCACACCCUAGUGUGGCUGCCUAAGAUUUAGUAGGAAUGUUCAAAAAGGCUUCCAAAGAAAAUAAUGAAAUAAAGCAAAAAAUCCUGGUUUUUGAGAAUGAUAUCAAAGAACUCAAAAAUAUAAAUGAUAAACUUAAACAAGAAAUUAUCUCUUUUGGAAAAAGGCCACAAGAACCUUCAUCUACUUCAUCUACUACAUGCUCUAGUUGUACAUCACUAAAAGCUAAGGUUGCUAGUUUAGAGAGCAAAUUGGGAAAGUUUAAUAAUGCUUCAAACACCUU